AUGAAUAGAUUCACGAAAGCUGAGCCCAGCAAGGGAAUCACCAGGCGGUUCAGCGAUGAUGUCGUGAAUUCCACGCCAGCAGAACCCCUCGGUCGCGCUCUUGCGGCCAAGGUGGCGUUUGACAGAAACCGAGAACGGUUGAGGUCGUCGCCAGAUGAAUGGGACCAACUUUUGUUAGAGGGAAGGGAACUGGCGAAUGGCUGUGUUCCAGACGAAGAAGCGGUUUUGUUUGAACAGAGCCGGAGGCUUUAUGCGGCAUGGGACAAAUUUCGACGCGAUCUCCCCAAAGACCAGCAGAUGCAACUCGACGGACGCGACCGACCAGACAUCAGUUACCUCGUGGCUACCGUCAAUAAAGCCUCGGCGACAUGGCAGUCGGACCGUGAAGAAAGCAAGUUGGGAAAGCUCAAAUCCAAAUUUCACAGCCUUUGCGAGACAUGCCACGACCACAGCUCACUGCUCGCAAUCGUUCCAAAAGACGACAAGUAUGUCACUCUACUAACGGGGUCACUCUCAGCCAUCGCUCAGGCGACAAUUAACCACCAGAAUAUCGCUGAGGGGGUAGCCGAUACGCUCGACGAUCUAAGCCAUGAUAUUGAUUUCUGGAACCGGCAAAUGAUGGAGCACGGAAAUAUUCCAUCACUUCGUCAGUAUAUCCAGGAGCUUUAUGUCAUCGUCUUUGAAUUCUUCACCGACGUCUUCAACAAAUGGUCCAAGUCUGGCUGGAAACGCUUCCUCACCAGCUUUGAUGAUGGUGCAUUCAACAAACUUUUCACUGCGAAGAAAGAUCGAAUGUUGGCUAUCGAACGUCGCAUGGAACGCCACGUCAGCCUCGACUUUCGACACCGCACUACUGAAUCUUUGGAGAUGGUGAUUCAGAAUCAAAAGGAACUCUUGUAUCGUUUACCGAACCAACUAAAUGAGCAAAGAUUAUUCCUCGGCGAGUCCCUCCAACAGUCGAGCAUCUAA